UGUGCGCAACCGGUACGAAAAGCGUGGUGCGCGAGCGAGCGAGCGACCCACCAAAGCAACGUAUCCUUCGGCGGCGGGACUGUUGGCCGAUUUUCAAUCAUAAACAACGUAACGCAGGGGCAGGGGGGAGAAUAAAAGGAGCGCAGCAAAAAAAAAACACACAUAACUGUCCCGAGCAGAGGGUGGGGAGUGUUUCUCCACUCACCCGAGCCGUGCACACCAACACACCUGCAGGACAGGACAUUGAGCAGUUUGAGCCGAAGUCACAGGAGCAGCAGUCGAAAGGAUCGCGUUGGCGUGUGCGGAUGUGUUUUCGGUGGUGUUGGCCCUGGCCCCAGGGGUACGGCCACAUAGCUCCACGUGUGCGGGUGUUCCUCUUUUAAGACCCUUGCCUUGGCACACACACAUUUGACAUUUCGCUUAUUAAAGUGACACGUUAAUGCAGUGUGUAGAUAAAAAGCCGAAUAAUGGGCAGCCAGAGCAGUGCGGAUGGUCCGUCCGUAAACGGACCCCCCCCCCCAGCCCAAGAUCCUGCCCAAGAACGACUGCGUGCCAACCAUGCCCAGCCGAGGAGCCACGUUUGAGUGAAUGAAAGAGGAAGAAUAGGAAAAAGAGGUUACUAAAGAGGAAGCAGAAGAAGAAGAAGAAGCAAACGCGAACAGUGCGCGCCGCCAACGCCAACUUUGUCAAUCAGUGCGGCGAGCGAUAGAGGGCAGUGCGGUGGGCGCAGGCGGGUUGUUUCGGUUCGGGAAAAUCGGUCACGAAAGUUUUUCGGCAUUCAAUUGAUUUUCACUACAACUAUCCUUCGAAAGGGAGGGCGGCGCGAUAGAGCCGACGGUGUGUGUGUGUGUGUGUGUGAGAGAAAGAGAGAGAAAGAGAGAGAUAGAGAGAGAGAGAGAGAGAAAUAGAGUGAGCUCCACAGUGUCUGUGUCGUUUGAUGUGGGCCUCGGUGUACGGCGAGAGGGGAGCAAACAACGGAGACAGUUAGAAAGGACUACCACCACCACCACCACCCUUUUCACCAAGACAGCUCAUAAACAACUUUAUGAAGCGUAUGAAUUACAGACGGCUGCACUGCAUCACUACUACAGCGGAGGAAAAAUCCUAACGAAAGGACGACUCCUGCCACUGUGCCGAAGGACUUUCCAACGUUCUUGUGCCGAGUGGCAUACAACCUUUUCGUCAGUCUUCAUAACCUGUGUCCGCGUGUGUGUGUGUGUGUGUGUGUGUAAGAUAAGGAUCUGAAGAGUAUUGUUGAAGAAGUGUCUGCAAAAAAAACUCCCCGGGACCCGGGAUGAUCCCUUGAGCGCCAAAGUUGACCGCAGCGCGUACGAUGCACCGUACCAUCCCGGUGCUGACUGUGCGGAGAGCGAAACGACGCGCAAAGGGCACAUUCCGUGAGGCGGUGAGCUGUCAAUCAGCAAUCCGCACAAGACAGGCUGGCAAGGUUAUUGCGGAGGAGGCAUCCUACAGCAACUAACAGAAAAAAACAAAACGAACAGAGGAAAUAAGCAGGUCACAGUCACAGGCAGCACAAUGAGCACCUCGAAGAUGCGGGGAAAGUCGGCCCUCCACAUCACCGACGGUAUCAUCGGCACGGGUGCACCGACGGCGGGUGUGGUGACCGGCGGUGGACCGGUUCCACCCGCCGCCCUGCUAAAGAUCGAAUCCGUCGUGCCAAAGCUGAGCAGCCGGGCCGCGAACGGUCCCGGCUCGAGUCUGGCCCUAGCGGCGGCGGGCCACUCCACCCGCCUGCGCACCUUCCACCGGUCGCACAGUACGCUCAGCUCGUCCUACCUGCGGAAGGUGACGGCGGCGGCGGCCGCCGACUACAACCGGCAGCAGCGUAUCCAUCCGACCGGGGGCGCCACCAUCCGCCCGGAACCGAUCUGCGAGCGGGGCGGUUACGGUGGCCCAUCGCCACCACCGCCGCAAGCGGGAGCAGCAGCAGUAGCAGCGGCAUCACAAUCAACCCACGAUGCGCUGCUGGCUGGGUACGCCGAAACACCGCCCCUGGACAGUACGCUGAUCGUGCAGAACGGCGUACCGAGCAUCAGGCGCUCGCAGAAGGAUCGCGAGAAGCACCCGGACCGGGUCAACCUCGACCGGAAGGGGCUCAGCUCGAUCCCGCUCAUCGAGGACGAGCCGAACCUGCGGCUGCUCUCGCUGCAGCACAAUCUGAUCAACGCGUUCCACAUCCCACCGGAGGCCGACUCGAACAACAAUCUGCCGACCCGGGGGCAGCACCACGGUGCAGCGGCGUCGAAUGGAGAGCUUAAGCCGGCCACGGCGCACUACUGCCCCGCAGCGGCCAGCAGUCCACCGACGCCGACCAAACCCUCGCCCAGCGGUACGCCGACGAACGGGCCUUCCUCCUCCUCCUCCUCCUCCUCCACCGCGUACGGGCCAGCGGGCACGAAACCCUCCGCCAAGCAGUUCCUCCGGCAGAAGUCAACCUCCCGCGGGCAGCUGCUGAUGGGCACGAAUCUGGCCUCGCUGGCAGGGCCCGGUGGGAGUGGAAACUCCGUGGCGAGCAGCUUCAUCCAGAGCAAGAUUACGAUCGGUAGCAAGCAGCCGGGGGCGCCGAAUGGUGCUCCCCAGUCAACCGGUCCCAUGUCCGGGGUGUCGCCGCAUCUUCAGAAACCUCCGGCGACAGCUGCCUCCACCAGCAACGGCUCAACGGGGCCGAUCGCCAUUACGGCGCAUCAGAAAAGUUUGCUCAAAAAGUCCAACAGCUUCAUCGGCGGACCGACCAUGUUCCUUACCGGUGGGCCGGGGGCCACACAGCCCGCCCCGCCAAAUGGGGCCACCACCACCACCACCUCCAAUGGGAUGUUGAAGAUGCGGGCCGGCAAGCUGCUGCUGGUGCCCUCCUUUAGCAUCGAUAAUCUGAGCAACAUCGCUGAGCUGCCUGCCGGCGGUGCGGGCCUUGGCGAGCAGGACUACUUUACCGGACAGUCGAGCAGCAAUGGCAGCGCGGGCAACAGUGGCAAAACAACUCCCACCAGCACCGGUCCCCUGGUGGCACCGGGGGCGGAAACUGUGGUCCCGCCGGCGUUCGUCACACGCUACAACUUGAGCAAUCUGGUGUUUCUCGACCUGUACGACAACCAGAUCGAGAAGAUCUCGUGUCUGGACGGGCUGAAAAGCCUGACGGUGCUGCUGCUCGGCAAGAACCGCAUCACCGACAUCGGAGGGCUGGUGUCACUGAAGAGCACGCUGCGCGUGCUCGACCUGCACGGCAACAAGAUCAGCAACAUCAGCGGCAAGAUCUGCCAGCUGCAGGAGCUGAAAUCGCUCAACCUCGCCGGGAACGCGCUGCGCCAAAUCCAGGCGCACGACUUCGCCGGCCUGUUCAGCCUGAAGGAGCUGAACCUGAAGCGGAACCGCAUCAAGAAGCUGUUCGGCUUCGACGAUCUGCACCAUCUCGAGCGGCUCUGGCUGUGCCACAACGAUCUGCAGUGCGUGGAGGAUAUGGCGGCGAUCGCGAAAGCGAUCAACCUGAAGGAGGUUACGAUCGAGAACAACCCGGUCUCGCUCGCCGGCGACUGUGUCUCCUUUCUCGUCAGCUACCUGCCCGGGCUGGUGUCGCUGUCGCAGAUGCAGAUCACCGAGCAGGUGCGCCGGGCCGCCUCGGCCUGGCGCCGCAACAAGGAGCUGUCGGACAGCAAGUACUCCAACCUGUCGUCCGACGUCUGCCAGAGCAUGCGGCGCGAGGAGAUCAUCUCGAACGCGCGCACCAACUGGGAGCUGCUCCGGUCGCAGCAGUCGACGGCGAUCGCACGCGGCACCCAGCGACCCGCGGCCGGCGGGAAGGAGGUUGCGAAGGAGCCGGACGGUCUGCUGCUGGGCGAUGGCGCAAUACUGCCACCGGGCGAUCAAGCGGGUGCGGGCGUGACGACCGCGGUGGAAAAACCGACCAAAAAGGGAGCGAAUGGAGCGUCCUCACAAGGGACGCGGCCGUUCCGGCCCGCCAAUGGGAAGAAAAUGGCGUCCAACCGGAAGCCACUGGUGCGAUCGUCUUCGCAGGACAACUCAAGCUCGCAGGUGUCCGAGCAGGGCGGGGAAGAUUAUUUCCGGUUGCCCCCGAUUUUGGCCCCGUUUUUAGAGCAAUCCGCACCAGCCGUUGGCAAAAGUGCGGGCGAAGGUGAGGCAUCCGUUACGUCCGGCGUGGGAACGCAUGCCGAUUCGAGCGUCUCCAGUGGAUUUAGCUCGGAAAACGAGGAACAGGCGAAUCUGGAGAAGGAAAUGGAGAAGCAGAGCACGCUGGUGGCGAGUGGAAGUGCAAACUCCACCCCGGAAAAGGAAACUGACCGACCGGAUGGGGUGGUUGCGGCACCGGGGAGAACGUUGGAUGUGGUGGGAGACCCUUCCAGUUCCGGUGAUCCCGUUGCGCCUCGUGAUCUUCCCGUGCCGGCGGAGAAUGGAGCACCGCCAAGAGAGGAGUUGAAGUUGCCCGCUGCUUCGGACGACUGCCAACCACCAAUCAGCAUGGCCGAGCCCUGUCCACCGCCCGAUCUGGACGCCAAUCUGGACAAGCUGUCCACACUGUCGACCGUCUCGACGAAGAGUGCCACCGAGUCGGUCAUCACCAAUGCGUCCUCCAACUCCUGCAACUCGGACUCGACCGGCUCCAACACGGACUCGGCCGGCAGUAGCUCGGCCGGUGGCAGUGGCAGUGCCGGUGCUGCCAGCGGCAGCAGCGGCAGCAGCAGUACGAGCGGCCCCACUCCCUCCCUAACGGCCGAGCGGGGCCGAACGCACAAGACGAAGCUGACCACCCCGAUCAAGCGGUACGGCACGGGAACGCUCGCCCGCACGCAAACCGCCCGCAAUGCAUCCACGCUUCCGUCCGGCGGUACCACCAGCCUGGCCAACUCGUCCAAUCUGGCCCACGGCAACGCGGCGGGUGCACCGCCGCCAAACGCCCCCAGCGGUACGUACGCCGGCAUACCGAGCAGCAACUAUGGGCCGCCGUCGGGUGCGGCCGGCACCGGCCG